CGGCAUUUUUUUUUUUUCGUUUACGCUAGAGUUUACGCUCCGUGUAGCAGGGCCUCUUUGCCUUGAUGCAAAAAACAGAGAAAAAGGUGCGAGUAAAUAAUUGCGAAAGAAAAAAUUAUCUGGACGAAAUAAAACCCGUGCCCCAAUUGCGAUACGUGUCCCGUGAAAUACAAGUGAAAAGUGGAAAAUGUCUCUUUUCGGCAUGAUGAACGACUUGGAGGAUGAUCCUAUUUUUGGACAUCACAUGCGCUCGAUACGCCAGAUGAGCAGUAUGUUCAACUCUAUUUUCGCUGACCCCUUCGGAAUGCCUGGAGGGGGCAUGGAGAGCCUCACGGCGGGGCCCGCGUUCGGGAUGCGCCACAACGCGCUGAUGCCUUUCAUGCCACCGGCCAUGAACAUGAACCGACUGCUCAAUCCCUCCGGGUUUGGCGAUAUGACUAUGGCUCCUUCGUACUGCAGCAGCAGCGUGAUUUCGAUGACUUCCGGACCGGAUGGACCGCAAGUUUAUCAGGCCACAUCCAGCACCCGUACCGGACCAGGCGGGAUUAAAGAGACGCGCAAGACGGUGCAGGAUAGCCGCACGGGCACCAAGAAGAUGGCCAUCGGUCAUCACAUCGGAGAGCGGGCACACAUUAUUGAGCGCGAACAAAAUAUGUCCACCGGUGUGCAGGAGGAGCGCCAAGAUUUCAUCAACCUGGAUGACGAGGAAGCCGAGGAAUUUGAUCGCGAGUUCCACACUAAAGCGCGUAGCUCGAUGAGCUUGUCAACAGGACGUCGUUCGGAACAGUUGGCCCUUCCUUCAACACAGCCAGCUCCAUCCCAGCGAAUCCUUUCGAUCACGGAGGUAACGGACGACGAUAAUACGUGCGAGCGCUGCGGCAAUCCAAGUGACACGACGAUCUGCGCCAAUUGUAACCAUGACCAGGCUACUGCCAACCGACAACAGCGAUCACAGCCGACACAGCAUCACAACAACCAGCAUGGCGUAAAAAACUCUCGUGGUAACAGAAGCAUGCCGCAGCAUGGUGGCUACGGCAACGCUACCGUUAGUGGACGCCGUUCAAUUCGAUCUCCGGCAGCAUCGCCACUGGCCAACGGCACGACAAGCGUUCAUCCUCAUCCGUACAACGUAUCCGGCAGAAAGUCACGAUCGGUGAAGGGACCCUCUUCGUCUACACCAACAACGCAUUAUCAGUAAACACUCUUGCCAGUCCUGCGCCGCAGAUACGCACGGUUUGCGGUUUUUCGUGAGUUUGCGGGAUAUACAUUAUUGUAAUCAAACUUAUACCGGAAACAUAUGAAACCAUCAGCAGCACCAAUGGUGGUGGGGCUCCCCGCUAUGUUUCUGUGGCUGUAUUUAAGGGCUUUGUUGCUGGAGAGAAAUCGUUUAGAUGAAGAUGCGUUUAUGAGUGUACGAUGCUGCUUGCAUUCGUCACUGAACCUAAGCGUUUCCUUCCCAUUUCCGCUAUUUCGUUAUCAAAAAUCAAUUUGUGUCGUCUAAUGAAACAAUCACUUUACUUUCGCUAACCAAUCAAACAAAUUCAAAGAUAUGAUAAUUAAUAGUAAUUUAAGGCGGGUUAACAGUUGCUAGCCCUCAAGAACCGUUUGUGGAUAGAUGUCUUAAGAGUGAAUUAUUGGACAUAGGAUCGACGCAGAUCCUCCCUAACGGGGAGAGAGUUAGAAGAAGGAACGCGGAGCGAGUGAGGAUAGGUUCCGUUAUUCCAAAAAUAAACUCUAGCAAGUAAUGAUAA